AGGCUGCGGAGCGGGGAGCCCGCGUCCGGAGGAGGAGGCAGGGACCUCGGUGACACCCCUGGAAGGGGCCUCUGAGCACCCUGAAGGUGUGGAAACAGAAGCUUUGAAUAAGCUGAGGUGCAACCGUUAGUACAGGACGUUGCAAACUGACCUGCACUGAGAGACACACCCGGGAGAACACAGGGCCUGUGGUGGCCAGCAGCUUCUCACCACCUGCCCUUCCCCUUGAGGAGGGAGCUGCGUCCCCGCCCAUCUCUGAUCUGCCUGCAUCUCCAGGACUCAUAGAUCUUCUUGGCAAAGCUGCCCCAAAGAUUCCUGCUAACGCUUGUCUGUUCCUGCCUUGUGUGAAGCAUGGCGCCCACAGGACUCCAGAAAGAAGCUUAAACCCAAAGCUCUGCAGCUGCUCCGGUGGGCACUCUGCGCCUCGGCCCUGGUCCCUCGGCCCUGGGAGCUGCUCAGAUCCCAGCAAUGCCCUCGGGAGCCUUGGCCCCAGCUGGGUGAGACCAUUCCAGAGCGGCUCCAACCUUACCACCCGCCAGGACUCCCUCAUCACUCCGCCACCUCCCAUGUCUGACUGCCCCAGCAGGCUCUAGAAUGUCUGUGCCCCAGAUCCAAGUGGAAGAAGCAGUGGUGGGGGAAGAUGGGCUGGCAGGAGCCACCCCACCUCCUGACGACCACCUGAGGAGCCUGAAGGCCCUGACUGAGAAACUGAGGCUGGAGACCCGCAGGCCCUCCUACCUGGAAUGGCAGGCAAGGCUGGAGGAGCAAGCAUGGCCCUUCCCGAGGCCAGCGGCUGAGCAGGGGCAGUGUGGGGAGGAAGAGCCCUCCCCGCCGAGAGAGACCAGGCAGCAUCCUCCGCCUAGUGAAGGUGCCAGCCAGGAUGAGGCGACCCAGCCCACUGGCAAGCUGGAAGGCUUUGAGAACAUCGACGAAGCGAUAGCCUGGCUCAGGAAGGAACUGAUGGAGAUGCGGCUGCAGGACCAGCAGCUGGCCAGACAGCUCAUGCGCCUGCGCAGUGACAUCAACAAACUGAAGAUAGAGCAGACCUGUGACCUCCACAGGCGGAUGCUCAACGACGCCACCUAUGAGCUGGAGGAGAGGGAUGAGCUGUCAGACCUCUUCUGCGACUCUCCGCUGGCCUCCUCCUUCAGUCUCUCCACACCACUCAAGCUCAUUGGAGUCACCAAGAUGAACAUCAACUCCCGGAGGUUCUCUCUCUGCUGAGAAGCCCUAGAACAGGGCAGAGGAGCCAGAACAGAGGGUUUGGGAAGCAGAGAGGGGGUGUGAGAAGGGAGGUGAGGGUGAGUCACCCCAAGUGGGUCUCCUCGGAGGCAGAGCUUCCCUGAGACCGGUGAACUGUGGACUCCCCAGGACCUGUCGACAGGUGAUCUCCCCAGGGUCCCAGCUUUGGAGCCUAGUAUCCCCAUGACUGGCUACCCAAAGAGUCCUGCAGAAGGGCUACUCCAUCCUGAUGUUCAGACGGGUUUCCAGCAUGACCCGUCUCAGUCCUCCCCUCAGUGAUCCAUAUUCCUGUUUUCUGGAAUCACUGGUGCUAUAAGAACUGGGAUCCCGAAGCAGGGAGAGGGUAGCAAACGCUGGGAUUCUUGCAGAAGGCUUCCCCAUGGGCACUGAGCCCCCAGGGAGAGGUGAUUAGAUGUAUCAGAUGUGCCCAUCUUGCUGUGGCUGUCCUCUAAGUACUGGCUCAAAUUCACCCCAAGUAGAUGACUCAACAGCCUUGACAGGCUACAAUGUAAAUUGUAUCCAGAAGGCUACAAUGUAAAUUGUAUUCAGUGUAUGCUGGGACACACCUGUGUAGCUCGAGUAGGGCAAGCAGAGAUGCCCUCUGUUGCCUUCCCGGCCACAUACACCAGUGCCAAUCUCCAAAGAGUCCCUCUGCCAUCACACCACCACCCUGGGGGAGUGCCUAGGAGACCACAGGCAGGUCUGUCUGUGGAUUUCCCAUAACUGAAUCCUCCCUGGGGCCAGCAAAGGUCUCCUGGUGGAUUCCAACAGUGUCACCUACGUCACCUUCUUGCCUCCCCAGAAAAACUUGAGGGAGCCCAGAUGCUGGCCCUGAGCUCCUCUGAGAUUCUGUGCCUGAC